CGCCUCGGGCUGCAGAUUGUGCUGCGCGGGUCACCGAGGUCAUGGCUUCGCGCUCCGUCACUCUUGGCAUUGAUCUGGGCACCACGUCUGUGAAGGCGGCCCUGCUGGGGGCUGCUCCCGGCGACCCAUCUGAAUUCGUGGUACUGGCGAGCUGUGCCCGGGCAGCGCGGGCAGAGGUGGCGGCAGAGAGCUCGGCGGCUGGGCCCCAGGGACGGGAGCAAGAUGUGAGUAGAAUCAUCCAAGCCUUAAGUGAGUGCCUUGCUGCCCUUCCUCGGCAGCAGCUCCAGAAUGUCAAGGGCAUCGGAGUGUCGGGACAGAUGCACGGAGUCAUGUUUUGGAAAACAGGCCAAGGCUGCGAAUGGACAGAGGGAGGACCUACCACUGUGUUUGAGCCCAGAGCUGUGAGCCACCUGAUCACAUGGCAGGAUGGCCGCUGUAGUAGUGGGUUCCUGGCCUCUCUGCCCCAGCCAGAGUCCCAUCUCAAUGUGGCCACUGGGUUCGGCUGUGCAACCAUCUUCUGGCUUUUGAAAAACUGCCCGGAGUUCCUGAAGUCCUACGAUGCAGCUGGCACCAUCCACGACUACGUGGUUGCCAUGCUGUGUGGCUUGCCGAGACCCCUGAUGUCCGACCAGAAUGCUGCUAGCUGGGGAUAUUUCAACACCCAGAGCCAAAGCUGGAACUUAGAAAUACUGAAGAACUCAGGCUUUCCCACCCACCUGCUCCCAGACAUCGCAGAGGCAGGCAGUGUGGCAGGAAGAACUUCCCACAAGUGGCUUGAAAUCCCAAAGGGGAUUCUCAACAUUAGCACCUCGGUUCAGCUGGCAGCCUCCAUGCCCUCAGGAUUCCAGCCAGCACAGACCCCAGACCCUACGGCUCCAGUCACCUACUUCCCCUACUUCGGCGGGACCUACCUAGGGGUGGCAGCGUCUCUCAAUGGGGGCAAUGUGCUGGCCACAUUCGUCCACAUGCUGGCUCAGUGGAUGGCAGAUCUAGGCCUAGAGGUUGAAGAAUCUGCAGUGUAUUCACGCAUGAUCCAGGCAGCUGUGCAGCAGAGAGACACCUGCCUAACCAUCACCCCAACGGUGUUGGGGGAGCGGCACCUGCCGGACGAGCUGGCCUCAGUGACCCGAAUCUCCUCCUCUGACCUCUCCCUGGGGCAUGUGACCCGGGCCCUGUGCCGAGGCAUUGUUCAGAAUCUGCACUCGAUGCUCCCAUUUCAGCAGCUCCAAGAGUGGGGUGUGGAGCGGGUGAUGGGGAGUGGGAGUGCGCUGUCCAGGAAUGAGGUGCUGAAGCAGGAGGUACAGAGGGCUUUCCCUUUGCCAGUGUCUUUUGGGCAGGAUGUGGACGCAGCUCUCGGGGCAGCUCUGGUCAUGCUUCAGAGAAGCCUCAACCAGAACGAGUCUUAGCAUACUCUUUGGCCAAAGGACUGCUGUGAAUUUUAUGUGAUUUUUAACAUUCCUGACACCAUCUCUUGGUCAUCCUUUUCCUGACAGUUCUGUGGACAGCUUUUAAGCAAUAUUUGUCAUGAGGCGCCAUCUUGACCAAGAACUUACCUUCAAGACAUACUCUAAUAAUGCAUCCUGGAAUCACCAACCAGAUCCCAAACCAGUGCCUUCUAAAAGAGACCUACGAGCUCUUUGCAAAUGUGUGUGUUUGUGGGUGUGUUUGUGUGUUUGGGGAGGGAGGAGCCUCCUGGUCAGCAGGCUCAUCUCUGGUUCACUUGUAGACAGAGAGAAAAUAAAUGUGAACUUCAGACACCAAAA